GGGUGUAACGGCGGAGGGAUACAACAACCGCUUGGUAUAAAUACAGCCGCCUUUUGUUUUCGAACUCAGACUCGUUUCCUGAAGACAGAAGAAAUUCAACAUUUGUUGCCACCGUCAACAAAGAACAUUUGUUUCGUAAAGAUGCAGAUCUUCGUCAAGACCCUGACUGGCAAGACCAUCACCCUUGAGGUGGAGCCCAGCGAUACCAUUGAGAACGUGAAGGCCAAAAUCCAAGACAAGGAGGGCAUCCCCCCAGACCAGCAGAGGUUGAUCUUCGCCGGCAAGCAGCUGGAAGAUGGUCGCACCCUUUCCGACUACAACAUCCAGAAGGAGUCCACCCUCCACCUGGUGCUGCGUCUGCGUGGUGGUAUGCAGAUCUUCGUGAAGACCCUGACCGGCAAGACCAUCACCCUUGAAGUUGAGCCCAGUGACACCAUUGAGAACGUGAAGGCCAAAAUCCAGGACAAGGAGGGCAUCCCCCCAGACCAGCAGAGGUUGAUCUUCGCCGGCAAGCAGCUGGAGGAUGGUCGCACUUUGUCCGACUACAACAUCCAGAAGGAGUCCACCCUCCAUCUUGUGCUCCGUCUGCGUGGUGGUAUGCAGAUCUUCGUGAAGACCCUGACCGGCAAGACAAUCACCCUUGAAGUUGAGCCCAGUGACACCAUUGAGAACGUGAAGGCCAAAAUCCAAGACAAGGAGGGCAUCCCCCCAGACCAGCAGAGGUUGAUCUUCGCCGGCAAGCAGCUGGAGGAUGGGCGUACCCUUUCCGACUACAACAUCCAGAAGGAGUCCACCCUCCAUCUGGUGCUUCGUCUCCGUGGUGGUAUGCAGAUCUUCGUGAAGACCCUGACCGGUAAGACAAUCACCCUUGAAGUUGAGCCCAGCGACACCAUUGAGAACGUGAAGGCCAAAAUCCAGGACAAGGAGGGCAUCCCCCCAGACCAGCAGAGGUUGAUCUUCGCCGGCAAGCAGCUGGAAGAUGGGCGUACCCUUUCCGACUACAACAUCCAGAAGGAGUCCACCCUCCAUCUUGUGCUGCGUCUGCGUGGUGGUAUGCAGAUCUUCGUGAAGACCCUGACCGGCAAGACAAUCACCCUUGAAGUUGAGCCCAGUGACACCAUUGAGAACGUGAAGGCCAAAAUCCAGGACAAGGAGGGCAUCCCCCCAGAUCAGCAGAGGUUGAUCUUCGCCGGCAAGCAGCUGGAGGAUGGUCGCACCUUGUCCGACUACAACAUCCAGAAGGAGUCCACCCUCCAUCUUGUGCUCCGUCUUCGUGGUGGCAACUGAGAGGCCUGUCUUCGGCCCAAGCGAUGUCUCACUCCCCUGACCUCCCUUAACCCCCCCCCCCCCCCCCAGCACCACAUCCCACCCACCCUCCCCAACCAGUAACAUCCUUGGCACCACCCUCAUACACAACCACCCUUCCACUACAUACAUGACCAUCCUCCCACUACAUUCCUUUUUCAUUUGAAUAAAGUUCAAGCAUUCCCGCAA